AUGUCCAUCCAGAGAGAUCGCCCCGCGCUUCGCGACCUCAUAGCGACGGCGGUCACUCGCGCAAACAUCGUCACCGAUGACCCACAAGCCCUCGCUCGCGUGGAGCAGGAGAUCGACCAACGCAGAAAGGAGAAGCGGAUCCUCGAGGAUGCUGCUAACAGGAUGCGAAAAAUCGAGAGCCUUGAGCUGAUUAUAGACGCGCAUCUUGCAUUACACAAGAAGCUCAAGCACUUGCAAGCCGAGCACGAUGACCUCAAGCAAGCCAGCAGCAAGCUCCUAGAUCGGUACUAUGCAGAGGAUGACGCAUGGAAGAAGAUUCAUAAGAGCGACCGGGACUUGAUCGACCUUCUUGAGGCGAGGAUGGCCAGGUUUACCGCGAUGACAAACGAAAAGCGAUCCGCGCAGACGACUGUCAGUGGCCAUGAGGAGAAGGAAUGA